AUGGAAGAUGAUCCACUUGGUGUGAGGAAUCAGGUGAAUAUCUCGGCUGUUUUUACCAACAUCUCACCAACAAUGCCAGGAUCUGAAGAGCACGCGCCUUCAUACGAUAUACUAAUAACGUCCAUACUCGGCACAGUUUUGACCAUCAUGUGUUUGGUAGGAGUAAUUGGAAACGUUUACGCCCUGAUCAUCAUGAACACCUCCGUGCGCGUAACAGGAUCGAUGUAUGUCUACAUCGUGAACUUGGCUCUGGCAGAUCUGCUGUACCUCUCCACCAUCCCUUUCGUGGUUUGGACGUAUUUUGCGAAGGACUGGUCCUUUGGCGAUAUCGGAUGCCGCGUUCUGUUCAGCCUGGAUUUGGUCACCAUGCACGCCAGCAUCUUCAUCCUGACCAUCAUGAGCACGGAGCGCUAUCUGGCUGUGGUGAACCCGCUGGACACCUUCGGCCGGUCCCGGCGCUACAGGCGCGCGGUCUCCUGCCUCGUGUGGCUCUUCUCCUUCAUACUGGCUCUGCCGACCAUGAUCAUGAUUGACCUCAAGAGAGACGUGCACAAUGGUGUAGAGAAGCGCAUGUGCCAUCCGACCUGGCAGAUGACCGCGUACAGAGUGUAUCUGACCAUCCUGUUCAACACCUGCAUCUUGGCUCCUGGAUUAAUCAUUGGAUAUCUCUACCUGAAAUUAGCCCGGACCUACUGGCUAUCGCAAACUUCUAAAUUCCCAUCCAGAGAAAUGAAGAAGUGUCCUAAACAGAAGGUGUUAUAUAUGAUCUUCAGUAUAGUUCUGACUUAUUGGGCGUGCUUCUUACCCUUCUGGUUGUGGCAGUUGCUCAGUAUCUAUUAUUACGCGCACGGAGGGCUCUCUAGCAGUACUGUGGUCUACAUUAACUUCGUUGUUACUUGUUUGGCGUAUAGUAACAGUUGUAUCAACCCUUUUUUGUACACUUUAUUAACGAGGAAUUAUCAGGAAUAUGUGAGGGACAGACAAAAAACCAGCACAGAGUUUAAGAGGUUCAGACUGUCAUCUCAAAGGUCUGUGUCUUCUGGGAGUCAACAGUUCUGUAAUACUUUGACUAACACGCGCCGUAAUGGCAUUCUGGAUGCUUACAGCAAACUUUGA